AGCUAGGAUAUUGUUAGAGGUGAAUUAUAUCCACAUGAUUUUAAAAACUCUCGACGGGCCAGAGCUGUUUUGGCGGCACGAGGGGGACCUACACAAUAUUAGGUAGGUGGUUUAAAUGUUGUGGCUGAUCGGUGUAUAUCUUUUAAACCAGGCAAAGUUGAUCCACUAGCUAAGUUAGAGAACUGUCUUAAAGAUGUAAAGGCUUGGAUGAAUCAAAAUUUCCUCAUGUUACAUUCUGAUAAACUGAGAUUCCUGUGUCUUGAGGCUGCUCUGGCCUAGCCAGAAGUUCAUAAGUUCGCCCUUGAAGUUUCAUUGGGCCCAGAACAGGCUAAAUGGUGAAUCUGAGGCCUGGUAGGUGUAAAUUAGUGAAAGGUAAAUUUUGCCCUUGUACUUGAACAUAUUUUGUUACACACUUGAUAAUGAAUGGAAGAGCUUAACAAGACACAAGAGUAGAGGGGUGUUAACAUGACACUGCAUUAAAAACGACUAAGCUCAAUAUACUGCUUAUGCAACACCACACAGGUACUGGCUGGUAUCGCCUGUGAUGUCACAAAUUGGUGUGUUUUUUUACAUGUCCGUGUCAUUAUAAAAGACUCAAAGGUAGAAAUAUCUCUUUCAGUCUUCCAGAUGUGGUGUAUGACUGCUUAACUGCAAGGACUUUUUCUUAAGUCAUCAAGACCCCUUUAAAGGAAAAAGCACUGAAUCUACAUCCAGGUGACCAUGGAGAAUGUAUCAGCAGUGACGUCCUUCAUUUUGACAGCAUACACUGAACUGGAAGAGCACAGAUAUUUAUACUUUGUAUUUUUCCUUCUUGUGUACAUGCUUACAUUAUUGGCCAAUUCAGUUCUGAUCCUGGUCAUUUGCAUUGACAGAGGUCUGCAUGAACCCAUGUAUUUAUUUAUCUGUAAUUUAGCAGUGAAUGAACUUUAUGGCAGCACAUCUUUAUUGCCAUCAAUCCUUUGUCAUUUAUUGUCUCAUAAUUAUGAAAUAUCACUCACGUUUUGUCUGUUACAGAUCUUUUGUUUGCAUCUAUAUGGUUCAGUUGAUUUUACUAUUUUAGCAGUGAUGGGCUACGACCGGUAUGUCGCCAUUUGUCGUCCAUUACACUAUCACCUCCUCAUGCCUCAUAGAAAAGUGUGCACACUUAUUUUAAUGUGCUGGAUUUAUCCUUGUAUUGUGUUUGGGUUGUUUUUCAUGCUCACUGUACCACGCACAUUUUGUGGCAGAAUCAUAGAACGGAUGCAUUGUCUUCAUUUUGAUUUAGUCAAACUGUCUUGUUUUGAAAUUUCUUUUCAGAGCAUAGCUGGGCUUUUUGCAACCAUUCUGAUGAUUGUUCCUCUGCUGCUCAUGAUACUAUUUUCCUAUGCGCAAAUACUCAAAAUCUGCCUUUUUGCUUCAAAGGAAUCUCAGAGAAGAGCUCUUCAAACAUGCACCCCACAUGUACUGGCUGUUGUUAGCUAUGCAUUGGGAGCAUUUUUUGAAGUCAUCCAAAGUAGGUCUAAUAACAGUCAUGUACUUCAUAAAGCUCACAUGUUCUAUUCUCUUUAUUCUUUGGUAUUUACCCCAAUAUUUAAUCCUGUAGUUUAUGGAAUUUGCAUUCAAACCAUACGAGUUGGAAUUUACAAACUGUUUAGUGGUAAAACCACUAAGUUAACUCCAGGGAAGGUGGUGAUGAAAUAAUUUUCUCUGUCAUUUAUAAUUUCUUAAAUCUUGCACUGUUGACCACUGGGUGAUCAAAACAGGGAAAGAGCUUUUAAUCGGUUAGUAAAAAACAGCAAUAUUAAGAACUACUGAAGUAUUUAAAAUGACUUCAUGUCUGAAUAUUAUGUACCCGUCCAUUUUAUAAGCUGCUUACUCCUGGUCAGGAUCGCUGGGGGGCUGGAGCCUACCCCAGCGUACAUUGGGUGAAAGGCAGGAAUACAACUUGGACAAGCUGGUCAGUAAUAUUAGAACAAUGCCGUUAUGGAUCAGGCUGUGUUGUAAUGCAGUGAACUCCAACCAAUCAACAAAACAAAAAAAGUCCCCCCACCCCCCAGCUAACUGGAGACUGGUCAAUAGCUCAGGACUGCAGUUGUACUAAUUACACCUGUUUUGUAUCCUGGAAGUGUGGAAUAGGCCCUUCCUCCACUCCAGGAGGGGCCUACUGGAUGACAGUGUUUGUAUGUGACAUUAGUGUACUGGUGAUUGUACCUGGGCCUGGUUUUUGCAGUAGGUUUGCUUUGCUUUGUACUGGCCAUUUAGUGGUGUCUGAAACUGCAACAUAUUCCCAUUCUCGCAUUUCAAAAUAAAAAUAAAAGAUUUUUUCUAC